UUGUUUUCUUGUGCUAUGUCGCUCUUCCUCUCGAACCUCCACUUCGCCCUCUGCCUUCUCGCGCCUCGCUGUGCCUUUGAGUCCUCAAGGUUCGCAAUCGCCACGCCGUAGCGCGAUUCGGUAAACUCGGGCGAGAUUGAAAGCGUGGAAGAGGAGCCUGUGCACUUUGGUUAUGUGCAGCGUUGAAUGAAUGCGGGGCUUGGUUAUGGUGCACACAACUGCAGUAUGCACGUGAUGGGGCGCGCGGGUGCAGGCGCUGUAUCACAUCUUUGUUGUGGUUCUUCUUCUCGUUGUUCAUCUUCUGCCGUCGGGCGGGAAUUUUCAGUGCGCGGUUUUGAGCGUCCGGGUUGCAAUUGGUUGCGUUUGCCGCUGCGCAGGGGUAGCGAUGUAGCCUCGUGUCAUGGCCUCAGCUGGACGGUUCCGACGCGUCGAGGGGGGAAACGGUAUCCGUCCGUGUGCGCCUCCACCACAGUCCCUACGAGGAUUUAUGAUGGAGUGGCGGAGGACCAAGAGGAUUACAUCAAGGCUGGUGGAGAAGAGUUGGAUCUCGUGCAGCUGCAGGCCUCCAAGUCCUUUGAUCAGUCCAAGAUUGGGGAGAAGUUACAACUUCUGGGAGACGAAACGUUAGAUUUGGUAGUUGUAGGCUGCGGUCCUGCUGGAAUGUGCUUGGCAGCUGAAGCAGCGAAACAGGGCCUUAAUGUGGGCCUCGUAGGCCCUGACCUACCGUUCGUCAACAAUUAUGGUGUUUGGACUGACGAAUUUGCUGCAUUGGGCCUCGAGGACUGCAUAGAGCAAACCUGGAAAGACUCAGCUAUGUAUAUUGAAGAGGACUCGCCUAUAAUGAUAGGGCGUGCAUAUGGUCGUGUGAGUCGGACUCUUCUGAGAGAAGAGCUUCUGAGGAGGUGCGCUGAGGGAGGGGUUAGAUACGUUGAUUCUAAAGUUGACAGGAUACUUGAAGUCGAUGAGGAUUUGAGUACCGUUCUAUGCACCAAUGGAAAAAAUAUCAAGAGCAGACUUGUUACAGUCGCGUCUGGAGCAGCUGCUGGCAGGUUCUUGAGGUAUGAAACGGGCGGUUUAGGAGUCGUUGUGCAAACUGCUUACGGAGUUGAGGUGGAGGUUGAACAUUAUCCGUACGAUCCUGAUUUCAUGCUUUUUAUGGACUAUCGAGAUUAUAAAGGUCGAGAGAAAGGAAGUGUCAGUGCAGAAGAAGUUCCAACAUUCUUGUACGCAAUGCCCAUUUCAUGUACCCGUGUCUUCUUCGAGGAAACAUGUCUUGCGGCAAGACCAACCAUGCCCUUCAGUGUUCUUAGGGAAAGGCUACAAGAGCGUUUUAAGAAAAUGGGCAUAAAAGUGCUACACAUAUACGAAGAGGAAUGGUCAUAUAUUCCAGUGGGAAGUACCUUACCGGUGACAUCGCAAAGACAAUUGGGUUUUGGUGCAGCCGCAAGUAUGGUUCACCCGGCCACUGGUUACUCAGUAGUCCGCUCUCUGUCAGAGGCUCCAUCCUAUGCCGCAGCCAUUGCUAGGGCACUUAGACUCUCAGGCGGCAGGUCUGGCACCUUCAAUUCUCAGCAAGCUGCUCUAGAAGCAUGGAAUGUUUUAUGGUCUGGCGAAAGGAAGAGACAGCGAGCUUUUUUCCUGUUUGGAUUAGAGCUUAUACUUCAACUCGACACUCCUGGUAUCAAGGAUUUUUUCGUGACAUUUUUUCAGCUUCCUGAAUGGUUGUGGAAAGGAUUUCUUGGCUCCAAGCUCUCAUCAGUAGACCUUAUUUGGUUCGCUCUUGCUACUUUCGUGAUCGCUCCUAAUACGUUGCGGUUCCAGCUUGUGAGGCACUUAAUAGUACAUCCUAGCGGAGCAAAAUUAAUGCAGGCGUAUAUUGGUCUCCUAAAUUCGAGUUCUCAAUCCACUGACUUGAAGCCAGUCAACUGAAUAUGGAAACAACUUCAAUAGGCAUCUCUAUUUUCAGCUAGCUGCUCGAGUUUACACAGUUGUUACUGUUUUCACCUUUGCCAAAGUAGUACCGGCGGAGCUUAUUUCGAUGCACUAUAUCCUGUUCGCUUGCGUAGAAGCAGGUCCCACCCAAACAAAAUGCAUGGAUUUCAACCCUUCACUUAGACAUAUAUCGGAGAUGAAACGUGAUACCUGUUGUUUCCCAUCAUAAGCUACCCCUCUUACCCUUGGUGACGAAUAGUAGAAGUACUUCACGAGGCUAACCAGGAACCCUCAGGUGUAUCCUCACGACUGGCUCCUACUUGGUGCCACUGUUAUCUUCAGCCACCGAAGGCAUGUACACUUUUCAAUCUUUCAGCAGUUUGUUGGAUAUAAUCUUUUAGUAUUAGCAUUGAUUAUAGUAAUUCUGUCCUCAAUCUUACAAGCACUGAGCCACUGUAAUUAUGACAGUAUUCUCUUGUUUAAUUAUUAUCCUGGGGAAUCGUUCAGCACAGAAUUACUGCAAGUAUAUGUGCGAAGGUCUAAAUAACUUUGGAUAAUUUGUGUCGCACCAGUGAGAAAUGAAGUUGUGAUUUGCCGCUCUC